CAUGUAAAUAGCGCCGAGUCCAACUUUUGCUUCGUUGUCGCAAUCACCAGAAUCCACAAACAAACAGGCCUCUCAGAGACAAAACAACAGAGAGAGGGAGCUUAAGAUAGAGAGAGAGAGAGAUUCUGGGAGUUAAAGAAAGAUAUGGAAAAUCGUGAGGAAGAUGGGGUGGGGCGGAUGGCGCGCAUGGAGGAGGACGAGACGGUGGGGUCGAGCUUGACCAUGGAGAGGGUGGCCGCGGCCAAGCAGUUCAUCGAGAACCAUUACAAGGCGCAGAUGAAGCACAUCCAACAACGGAAGGAAAGGCGCUCAGAGCUGGAAAGACAGUUUGCAUCUUUGGACGUUCCACAGGAGGAACAGAUUAAUCUACUGAAGGAUUUGGAGCGCAAAGAGACGCAGUAUAUGCGACUCAAAAGGCACAAAAUAUGUGCUGAUGAUUUUGACCUUCUAACCAUUAUUGGGAGAGGAGCUUUUGGAGAGGUUAGAUUGUGUCGGGAAAAGAAGUCCGGCAACAUAUAUGCCAUGAAAAAAUUGAAGAAGUCAGAAAUGCUUAGCAGGGGACAGGUUGAACAUGUAAAAGCUGAACGGAAUUUGCUCGCAGAAGUUGCCAGUCACUGCAUUGUGAAACUCUAUUACUCAUUUCAAGAUGCUGAGUACUUGUAUCUAAUUAUGGAGUAUCUGCCUGGUGGGGACAUGAUGACUUUACUGAUGAGGGAAGAGACCUUGACUGAAACUGUGGCUAGAUUUUACAUUGCACAGAGUGUUCUAGCCAUAGAAUCAAUUCAUAAACAUAACUACAUCCACAGAGACAUAAAACCUGACAACCUUCUGUUGGACAAAAAUGGUCACACGAAGCUAUCUGAUUUUGGUCUUUGCAAGCCUCUUGACUGCUCAAGUUUAUCUUCUAUAAAUGAAAAUGAAUUCCUAGAUGAUGAGAAUUUGCAUGAAUCAAUGGAUGUUGAUGGGUGCUUCCCUGAAGCUGGCAGUGGAAGGCCUUGGAAAAGCCCCCUUGAACAACUACAGCAUUGGAAGCUAAAUAAGAGAAAAUUGGCAUUUUCCACUGUCGGAACGCCAGACUAUAUAGCUCCAGAAGUGUUGCUGAAGAAGGGAUAUGGCAUGGAGUGUGACUGGUGGUCGCUUGGUGCUAUUAUGUAUGAGAUGCUUGUUGGUUAUCCCCCAUUUUACUCGGAUGAUCCAGUGACAACUUGCAGAAAGAUUGUGCAUUGGAGAAAUCACUUAAAAUUUCCAGAGGAGGCUAGAUUGACACCUGAAGCAAAGAAUCUGAUUUGCAGGUUGCUUUGUGACGUUGAACAUAGGCUCGGUACUUUAGGGGCAGACCAAAUUAAGGCACAUCCUUGGUUCAAAGAUGUCAUAUGGGACAAACUCUAUGAGAUAGAGGCAGCCUAUAAACCUGAGGUCAACGGAGAACUUGAUACUCAGAAUUUUAUGAAGUUUGAUGAUGAGGUUGAACCUCCAAGGCCUGCAAGAGCAGGAUCUGGACCCAUGAGGAAGAUGUUGCUAACUCAAGAUCUUAGUUUUGUUGGCUACACAUACAAAAAUUUUGAGGCUGUCAAAGGGUUACACCAUUCUUUUGAUAUAAAAAGGAGCAUGUCACCGAUGCGGUCAUCCACCGACUCUUUCCACAGUGAUUCUGCUGUGGACUACUCUUCCAAAUGCUCAAAUGACGAGACAGAAUUGCAAAUGCUUGCAUCGUCAGAGGAUACCAUGUCACAAUGAGUCAGCGACAUUUUUUAUGUUAAGCAAGCGUGUUGUGUAAUGGCUCUGAUAUACCCUCGCAUGAAGAUGUUGGGUCUACCUGCUUAUGUUUCAGUCAGGUUUUGCCCGCAUUUGCAAUGCAAGUCAUGUUGCAUGUUUACAGAAGUUCUAAGUGUACAGUGAUAUUGGAUGAAUUUUGUCUUUAAUAGGUUGUAGUCGUCUUUCAAGAGAAUAUUGAGGUCCUAACUACCCAGGCUGGCAGACUGAUAUGCCUUCUCUUGUGGCAGUUUCUGGCCCUUUACCUCUUUUUUUGGCAAACUGUAUCGAUAGUUUGGGGUUUUUCGCUGCAAAUAAUAGAUCUUCUCUAUUUGCAAUUUGCACGAUUUUGAUUUGUGUUAUAUGCUGAACACGAUUACUUUGUACUGACACAUUCUUUUGAUAAUGUAUACUUUUUUGGGCA